CGUUACUCCACCCCCAGUUUCCAUUUCUGAACUGAGGGACACGGCGCACGAGAAGAAUCCUCGAUUUUAUGUAUAUUUCUUCAUGUAAAUAAACUGUAGAUUAUCGUCAGAAAAUUCGCGACAUAAAACUGAAUUAGCCACUAGCCUGUGAAAUCGUAGCAUAUAUUAUCCGUUGAACCCGUUCGGACAGAGGCUAGAGUCGAAGCUGGCCUUUUAUCUCACGUUUUAACUUUCCUAAGCGGCGUGUUCCGCCGUAUUUUUUUUUCUUUGACCCACUCACUCUCCCCCUGUGCGAGUAGUGGCCUGUAACGUUGAUUUAGCCACGAGGCGCGUCGGAUCAACCGGAAUUGGGCGAUGGCGGAGUUCGGAAACGGACUGGACUCAGGAAUGACGGAGGAAUCCCUGCUGGACUCAGACCCAGGGCACCCAGAACUAGAAGACCCGGGUGUUGGCGAUGAGGAGCCGGGAUUAGAGGAAGGAGAGGCCGCUAUCGAGGACCCGGUAAGUGAAGGGCAUAGUUUAUGCCCAAAACCUCAUUUAAAGUUGAGACAGUGUGUUUUGUACGAUAUGUAUUGCGAGUGUAAACACGUUAUUUUAAGAUGGGUUUAGCUAUAUUCCUAUACCCCGUGGUGGUAUGCGACUGUGACUCUUAUCUCCUGGUCGAUAUAACCGCCAUUGUGGCUCACGCAGUGCAGUAGAAAUGGGUGGUGACAUGCGUGGAUUUUGGCGGCCAUGUUGGCGCAGCAGUGGUGGUAGUUUCUCUGCACCAGAGAUGUCGAACUAGUAGGGGGAAAAAAUCUUCGUCGCUAAAAUGCGAGACGGAGAUGUAGACGGGCGAGGGUAGGACAGGCCGCCAUUAGCCGCCGCAUUGCGAGUGUAUCCGCAGACACGGCGAGAGCUCACGGUAAACACGCCUCCUUUAUUUUCUCAUACACUGACAGCUGCUGAAAUAGAAGCGCUGAGGCGCAUACAGAAUAUGAUAGUCAAUUAACAGUCAUUGCUAGCUACAAGCAAGCAUUGUAAUGGGCUGUUAGUUAUCCUUCUAACCUCAUAUAGCAAAAAUGCUAGCAAAGGGUAUGCGGCACUUGCGCUGUUGUAGGUAGGAUGGAUAUGGACAUUUAGGCUGGCUAUAGCGGAGGGAGCCGAAUAACUAACGUUAGCUAAUUGGGACGAUGAUGACAUGCACCUGACAUGUUCAUCCUCCCGCUUAAGGCAUUUAGAAGGACAAGCAAAACACAAGCAAUUUUGUGUGAACGUUUAGUCUUUGAUGUAAUCUUGAGAAUGUAUUAUCUGUUGAUACAUGAGUGGGUCAUGGAUAUUACUGUAGUUGUGUGCAAAGAUGCGGAUUGCCAAUACUCUUAAAUUAAAGCUGUUGGUUUGCGUUUGAAUGUUGCCUUGCUACAAUAUUUCAGAUUUUAUACGCACGUGUGAUUUGUGGUCUUUGACAUAGAAUGUGUUCGAAAGCAGUUCUGGGGGUGCAGUAUUUUUUUUUAGGGCUGGGCUCGCAUCCUUCGGGGUUUUUUUAGGGCUGGGCUUGCAUCCUAAAAUAUUUUCAGAAGGGGGAGGGAGGGAAGAGAGGACACACUAAAUAUGCAACAAAAUACAGCCAGGUAUCAGUGAUGACCGAGUCAAAUAAGCCAUGUAGUUGCCAUGAAUUUCAGUGUCCUUUUGAAGCCUGUCAAAGCUGUUGGAUUUGUCUAUUAGAUGUGGAUGUCAUGUAUGACAUCCCCAAGACCUGGAAUGGAUUUAACUGCAAUGCAAGUAGUGUCAGUCAGUGAGUGCAUGUCUAUAUAGCUGAGGAUGGCUCUGGAGCGAGAAUGCUGCGGUGUCAGUGGAGUGUCUGAAAUGAAUGGUGAAUAAAUGCUGCCUGUUACAAAGACCCAGCCAGUGGUCAUGUGCCAGGCUGUUCUAAUCAGAAGCCAGUGUAGAAACGGGGUCAGCUCAGGCUGCUGACAUUUUUAAGUGUUAUGUGCAUGCAGGUCAUGGGUGAAUAUGAUGAAUUCAUUCCUUUUGGUUAUUUUAUUUUUAUUUUCUUCCGCUGAUGUGUGUGUCAAGCCUGCUGACUGGUGUUCUUUGUAAUUGAUGGGUGUGUCUGUAUUGUUGAUUUUUUUAAAAUUUAUUUUUUUAUUUAUUUUUUCAGGAGCUGGAGGCGAUCAAAGCCCGGGUUCGAGAGAUGGAGGAGGAAGCAGAAAAGCUGAAGGAGUUACAGAACGAGGUGGAGAAACAGAUGAACCUUAGCCCUCCACCAGGUGAGUUUAUGUGGAAGGAAAGGGUAAUGAAGUGCCUCUGAGAAUGUUUCCCAAAAACAACUGUUUGAGAACACUGAAUGAAUGUUGUUUUUCACUGAAGUUUCCAGAGAGCAGAUACAAGACAGAUUAAUAUCAGACUCAUCCAAAUCUAUAUCAGUUUGUUCUGAAGUUCACCAUUUUAAAUGUCACUCAUCAUUGCUCAAUUUUGCUCUCAAUAGCUGGUCCCGUCAUCAUGUCCAUCGAGGAGAAAAUGGAAGCCGACGCAAGAUCUAUCUACGUUGGAAACGUAAGGCUUCGCCUCUCCUUAACAACCUCAGAUGUUGUUUGGGUUGCUCUUAGGGAUGUAACGAUUCACCAAUACGCAUCGGCCCCACGUUCAAAUGUUUACGAUCCAAAUGCAUCGGAACGCGGGAGCACAAACCAAUCCAAAUAAAGCAUGCAUCGAUCAGAAAACCGUCCAAAAUUUUACGAAUCGCCCGAUUCACUAAUGUUUUUACUCGUAUUGUUUUAUCUGUUGUGACAAUUGAUGCGUCCUCUCCUUCAGUUCAGUAACCUAUUGAGCUUUUAUGCAUGUAACUACUGUAUAACUGUCAAACAACAGCGCGGGAGACAGCUGCUCUUGCCAACGAGAGGUCGGCCUAUCCCUGUUCUAAUAGGCUAUUCGUACAUUUGUGCGGCACCUACAGCAUUCAUAUGCAUGUAAAAUGGCUUUAACUGGAGUAACCAAUGUAAUUAGCUGGGUCAUUGUUACCAAAUCCGCUGUAGAAAAUGGAGUGUAGCCUACCAGAGUGGACGCAACUCCCAUCCAACUGCUGAUUGGGGUUUUCAAUCAUUCAGAUUCGAUUUAGAUUGUUUUAAUAAAAAAUUGAAAAUAAAUGUGUCCAUGCCACACAAAAAAGUGCAUAGACUCCUAUCGAACUAAAUCGCAUCAAUUCGUUCCCCUAAUCAAACGAAUCCCUCGACGAACCUGUGCCCCCGCACAUUGACCCCUGUAUAUAGCCUCCCUACUGUUAUUUUAUUUUACUGAUCUUUAAUGAUUUUUUACUUAUCUAUUUCUUUACUUAACACUUAUUCUUCUUAAAACUGCAUUGUUGGUUAAGGGCUUGUAAGUAAGCAUUUAUCUGUAAGGUUGUAUUCGGCGCAUGUGGCAAAUAACAUUUGAUUUAAUUUUAAAUUGAGGCCAUGUAUCUAGAUGCUUAUCGAAUCCUUAAUGAAAGGAGAUCUACACAUCCUUGGUUGCUCUGUUUGCAUGUAUGUGGGAUUCCCUUGGUCAGGGCCUAUCAGUUUGCAUUUACUAUCAGGUUCAAAGGGCUGACUCAAAUUUCCACAAAUGUCCCGUUGACAUUAAUGCAGCCAUGAUGUUCCGUUGACAUUUUAAUGCAUGAUUUUCACAUGCAUUUGUGCAAAAACCUUAAUUUGGGGUUUGGCUCUGAGUGAAUUCUGUAUAUGGAAUCGACUAGCCACUCUCUCUCUCUGUGUGUCGGAGUGUUUGUCAGAGGUAUCUCACUGUUCUCCCAUUUCUGUGGACAGGUGGAUUAUGGCGCCACGGCGGAGGAGCUAGAAGCCCACUUCCACGGCUGCGGCUCCGUCAACAGAGUCACCAUCCUGUGUGACAAGUUCACAGGGCAUCCCAAAGGGUAAAUAUCUACACCCCCAUUCCUCCAUGUGCAGUAGUGUUCUUUCACUACAGGCCUGCUAGUACACAAUACUGCAGUCUUCUUCUAUCAGUCAUCUAGAGGAAAGAGUAUACACAACAUACUUUACUAGCUGUACCCUCUAGGCAUCCCAGAUGGUAAUUGUCUACACUCCAUGUGCAUAGUUAGCAAAGUAGUUCGCUUUUAUUCUAAUGGAUGUACAGUGCCAUCAGAAAGUAUUCACACCUGUUGACUUUUGUUGUUACAAAGUAGGAAUAAAAUAGAUUUAAUUGUGGGUUUUUUUUUGUCAACGAUCAACACAAAAUACUUUGUCAAAGUGGAAGGAUUAUUAUUAUUAUUUUUUAAUGGAAAAUAAAACACCAGGUAUUCAAGCCCCUGAGUCAAUACAUGUUAGAAUCAACUUUGGCAGCGAUUACAGCUAGAGAACGACUGUUAAUCGGCCGGGCCGAUAUAUCGGGCCAAUAUUGGCUUUUUCUUCUCUAUCGGCCUUGCUGAUAGUCCCGCUACAUGGCAAAACUGCUGCUAUGCCAGCCGCCACUCACCACCUGAGCCACGAGGAAUGUCUAGCUGGGAAAAUCAGCAGCAAGCAGAAAGCUGGCUCAUUCUCCAGCAGAAAGAUGCAGUAUUGAGAAAUGGAUGAAUUGACAGUGUCCAAAAUCAAACUCCUGUUGCAAAUAUUACUUUAGUUAAUGAACUACUAAGGUUCGUCUCGACGUGCCCAGACAUGCAUGUAAUAAGCAAGCUAGCUAGCUAAGCAGAUAGCUAUGUGACCUGUUAGCAAAGAUUACAAUAACUAACCCUUUCAUCUGUGGUGUUUGCUAGCUAUAUUAGCUACUAUGCUAGCUAGCUGGCUAGAUCAGGGCACUCCAAAUUGGUUCCUGGAGAGCUACCGUCUUGUAGGUUUUUGCUCCAACCCUAAUCUAGCGCACCUGAUUCUAAUAAUUAGCUGGUUGAUAAGCUGAAUCAGGUUAGUUACAACUGUGGUUGGAUCGAAAACCUACAGAAGGGUAGCGCUCUAGGAACAGGGUUGGAGAGCCCUGGGCUAGAUAAAAAUGGUGAUAAGAUAUCAGAUUGGAGCUGAUAGCCAACGUAGCUAGCUAACAGUAGCUGGUUAUCAUUUUGAACGAACCAUCUGACUUGAGGUGUGACAUUAGCCAUUUUACUGGAGUGCUGAUCUGAACAGCUGUAAUCGUAUACGUAAAUUGACAGUUGAUAGUCGGAUUAGAUGAUUGUCGUAAUAGGGAAAGAAGGAAGUGUUUUAAAAUGCCAAAAUAAAGGUUGGCAAUAGGUUUAGCUAACAAAAAAUAUCCCUGCAUGUUUAUGGACCAGGAAAGCUGUAGAUCAGCACGCGUGUGCGUUCUCAUUUCUCAAACUAUUUUUGAGUCAUUCAGUCAGAACGUGCAUUGGUGUUGCAUCUUUUUUUUCCUACCCUCGCUCUACUUGUUAGAUAUUAUGCACAUUUAUGGCUUGGUAGCAAAUGUCAUCGCCAUUGAGCUAGUUCUCACAGUAGCAGUAAACCGCAGCAAGUGAUAUGAGCCAAUGGAGAGAUGUGAAAGGAAGCAGCGUUACAGCCUCGCUCUAUCCAAUCGUAGCGGUAGGAUCAACCCGCCCAUUUCUUGACAGAUAGCUGAACUAGCCAAUUGUUUUGAAUUUCCUCCUGGCAGCUGAAUUGUUUAGAGAUGUGUCCUGACAGCUGAAAAAAUAACUUUUUCCCUAUCACUGAAAAUGACCAAAAAAAAUCCUAGUUCGAUUCCCACGGGGGACCAGUUUGGAAAAAGUAUGAAAAAUGUAUGCACUCACUACUGUAAGUCGCUCUGGAUAAGAGCUUCUGCCAAAUGACUAAAAUGUAAAAAUGUAGUUUCAUAAGCAGCAGUAAUCACAAAUCAUGACAUUACGUUGGACUCAUUUGCAUUGAAUAGAUGUUCUUUUAUAUUCUCAAACUAACAGCAGGUGCCUAUAUGAUGUCUUUCCAAACAGGCAUGACAUACUGGAGUGAUGCUUCUAUGCAAAUGUUGUUGAUCGGUAGGCAAAUAUAACCCCUUAUUUUAGCCACUGAACUAUCUCCAUAUUUACUUCCAUAAUAAAUAAAUAAAACUGGUACCCGGUUACCUUCAGACUAGUCUUGGGAGGUUUAUGGGUGUCCUUGUUCGUGAGACACUCCCCUUUCCACAGAGGGGUCAUAUUAGUGUGUAACUGUUCAGACACUUCAGACAGAAGUUUGCAGAUCGGCUUUAAAACUGCAGAAUUAUCUCCACCAACGAGGGGUGUGAACAGUUUGUGUCAUGAACAGUGCUUGUACCCAUAGAAUAGACGUGGCAGGCGUGGGAUGUUCCCCAAUGCUGGAAUGCGUUUGGGAACCACUGAUCUAGAGCAGUGGGAUUUAGUUAAAGAAUAGGUUCAGCUUCCAGCCUAAAUCUACAUGCUCACAGGUCUAUGUUGAUCAUUCAUGUGCCACUGAUUCACAUAAACCCAUUAUUGGCUACAGGCAUGUUUUUGUGGAUGUAAGGUUACAGAUCUGUGUUCAGCCGACAACUUUGUCACAUUGCUCAUAGACCUAUCUUAGCUAAGCUGUUACUUUGAUAAGCUAGCACCACAUGCUUUAGCAGUACAGUGGAUGCUUAUUGGAGCACGUGCUUGCUUGUAUGAAUAAUUCAGCAUGACUUCCAUUGCUUGGUUAGACCGUAAGGACCACAUGGCUUAAAGUGUUCUGACAGCUAUAGUACAUUGAGCAUAGAGCUGGGUGAUAUGGAAGAAAACCCAUAUCGCGAUAAAUUGCCUGAAUUUAUGCGCUAACGAUAAAUAGAACGAUAAGUUGCACCACAUUUGUUUAUUUAUUGUCCUUUUAAACUAUACUGAACAAAAUAUAAACGCAACAUAUAAAGUGUUGGUUUCAUGAGCUGAAAUAAAAGAUCCCAGAAAUGUUACAUACACACAAAAAGCUUAUUUCUCACAAAUGUUUUGUACUAAUUAGUUUUCAUCCCUGUUAGUGAGCGUUUUUUCUCCUUUGCCAAGAUAAUCCAUCCACGUGACAGGUGUGACAUAUCAAGAAGCUGAUUAAACAGCAUGAUCCUUACACAAGUGCACCUUGUGCUGGGGACAAUAAAAGGCCACUCUAAAAUGUGUAGUUCUGUUACACAACACAAGGCCACAUAUCUCAAGUUUUGAGGGUAGUGUAAAUUGGCAUGCUAACUGCAGGAAUGUCCAACAGAGCUGUUGCCAGAGAAUUGAAUGUUCAUUUCUCUACCAUAAGCCACCUCCAACAUUGUUUUCGAGAAUUUGGCAGAAGAUCUGACCGGCCACACAACCGCAGACCACGUGUAAUCAUUUCUAACUUCACAUUUAACUCGAAUAGGCUACUUUAUCGCAAUGAACGAUAUCAGCAAAAUGCCUGCAAUAAGUGAUCAAUAAUUUUAGGUUUAUCGUCUCAGCUCUAAUGGAUGACCAAGGUUUUCUUUUCUGACAUAAUGGUCUAGCUUAAUCCUGUACCCAUUUACUAUAGCCAUGCAAACAGAUGCACAAUUCAUGACUAGUAUCAGUGUUUCCCCUAUAUUCUUUUAAUUCCCCUAUAUACAUUUCUUACCACUGCUGCCAAAAAUGAGUAUUUAAAAAAUAUAAUAUAUAUAUUACUGAGUGAACAAAACAUUAAGAACACCUCCCUAAUAUUGAGAUGCACCCCUCCCCCCUUUUCCCUGAGAACAGCCUCAUUUCGUCAGGGCACUUUAUAAUGUGUCAAGUGCCAAUUUGUAAGUCGCUCUGGAUAAGAGCGUCUGCUAAAUGACUUAAAUGUAAGUGUUCUGUGGAAGGUAUUAGGCAUCCCUGGCUCAUGUUGCCUCCAAUGCUUCCCACAGUUGUGUCAAGUUGGCUGGAUGUCCUUUGGGCGGUGGACCAUUCUUGAUACACACGGGAAACUGUUGAGCGUGAAAACCCCAGCAGCGCUGCGGUCCUUGACACACUCAAACCGGUGCGCCUGGCACCUACUACCAUACCCCAUUCAAAGGCACUUCAAUCUUUUGUCUUGCCCGUUCACCCUCUGAAUAGCACACAUACACAAUCCAUGUCUCAAUCAUUAUGAAUAAGAAUGAACAGAAAGAAGCAGAGACCAGCUUCGCCAAAAUAUCUGAUUCUCAGAUUAUACAGGACUAUAGAAAUAAUGGUGUGGGGGACAGUGAGGCACUCUCUUUCUCGCUCACUCGCCUCUCCUCCAUCUACACUGAUUUUGAAGUGGAUUUAAGAAGUGACAUCAAUAAGGGAUCAUAGCUUUGGCCUCGAUUCACCUGGUCAGUCGGUCAUGGGAAGAGCAGGUGUUUUGUACAGUGUAUAUUUCUGCUUUUAAAUGGAUAGUCGUUGGCUCAAUGAGUUAAGUCUGUGGGAACCGCUAGCUACUCGCUUACGUGUCUUUUGUUAGAGCCAAACUUUUUGUGGAAGGUACUACAUCGCGCACUCAACGUUGACGAAAUACGUUUAGUUUCCUUGUAGGUCUACAGGGAAACUGUGAAGCCAGCUGUACAGCCUAUUGCCUGUUUCUGUUUGACUCUCUUUUUUAUUAAAGAAUGUGAAACGAUGUUGUCUGUUUUGAUCAUUUUCAUUACAUCAUAGCUUUUCUUUAUAUGGCCUUAAAUAAAUGUGUUCCUAUGUGCAGGAUAUUACACUACCUGCUCGUCGAACAUCUCGUUCCAGAAUCAUAGGCAUUAAUAUGGAGUUGGUCCCCCCCAUUGCUGCUAUACCAGCCUCCACUCUUCUGGGAAGGCUUUCCACUAGAUGUUGGAACAUUGCUGCGAGGACUUGCUUCCAUUCAGCCACGAGCAGUAGUGAGGUCGGGCACUGAUGUUGGGCUAUUAGGCCUGGCUCGCAGUCCGUGUUCCAAUUAAUCCCAAAGGUGUUCGAUGGGGUUGAGGUCAGGGCUCUGUGCAGGCCAGUCAAGUUCUUCGACACCGAUCUCGACAAACCAUUUCUGUAUGGACCUCGCUUUGUGCACGGGGGCAUUGUCAUGCUGACACAGGAAGGGCCUUCCCCAAACCGUUGCCACAAAGCACAGAAUCGUCUAGAAUUUAAUUUUAUGCUGUAGCGUUAAGAUUUCCGUUCACUGGAACUAAGGGGCCUAGCCCAAACCAUGAAAAACAGCCCCAGACCAUUAUUCCUCCUCCACUAAACUUUACAGUUGGCACUAUGCAUUGGGGCAGGUGGAGUUCUCCUGGCAUCCAAUAAACCCAGAUUCGUCCGUCGGACUGCCAGACGGUGAAGCGUGAUUCAUCACUCCAGAGAAUGCGUUUCCACUGCUCCAGAGUCCAAUGGCGGCGAGCUUUACACCACUCCAGCCGACGCUUGGCAUUGCGCAUGAGGAUCUUAGGCUUGUGUGCAGCUGCUCGGCCAUGGAAACCCAUUUCAUGAAGCUCCCGACGAACAGUUAUUGUGCUGAUGUUGCUUCCAGAGGCAGUUUAGAACUCUGUAGUGAGUGUUGCAACCGAGGACAGAUUAUUUUUACGUGCUUCAGCACUCGGUGGUCCAGUUAUGUGAGCUUGUGUGGUCUACCACUUUGCGGCUGAGCCGUUGUUGCUCCUAGACGUUUCCACUUCACAAUAACAGCACUUACAGUUGACCGGGGCAGCUCUAGCAGGGCAGAAAUUAGAGGAAUGGACUUGUUGGAAAGGUGGCAUCCUAUGACGGUGCCACGUUGAAAGCCACUGAGCUCUUCAGUAAGGCCAUUCUACUGCCAAUAUUUGUCUAUGUAGAUUUUAUACACGUCAGCAACGGGUGUGGCUGAAAUGGCCGAAUCCACUAUUUUGAAGGAAUGUCCACAUACUUUUGUGUGCAUCUAUGGGUUAUAGCAUACCGAAUUGUGUUCAGUUAUGAAAGAACAAUGCGCAAAAAAUGGAUCUGGUAAAGGGCCGACAUUUCAAUAAAAAAGACUAGAUGGAUGGCUUCGAUAGUCUAGCAAUUGAAUUGCAAGUCGUUCAUAUGCUAAUAAUCAAAAUGUUCUGCUUAAAGAUCUUGCACUGCUACCCUCAGCAUUCAUUAUUCUCAUAGGAGCAGAACAAGCAAUGGAAACCGAAUGUAUCCUCUGUGCGUGGAAAAAAUAUCCUGGCGCAUGAAGACUACACUUACAGACGGGAACGACAGACCGCAGAUCAGUCCUUCUGGAAGUGCGCCGGCUAUGAUUCUUUUGAAUCCCGAGGUUGUAUAACCCUCACCGACAGGGUUAUUUCCACGUUAAACGACCAAUGUUCAUACAUAGGACACAGCUACAGUAACGGGUCGAUAGCUACAGUUAACUUUUCAGACAAUUAAAAAAAAAAAAGUGCUGCAUCAGAAGAGUCUGUACCUUUUCAGACAGUAGAUUUCUGCUCCGGCAUAGAAUGUUCUAUUGUUUCCCUGACAACAAUAAACGUUGCUGAUUUGAUGUGCUGUUUUUUUAUGGUAGGGUAGAUGUUUUUUUCUUUCUACACAUUUAAUAACAGACUCAUGCAAUAGUUUACAGCUGGCUUCACAGCUUCCCCAUCACUUCACAGCUUUCCCCAUCACUUCACAGCUUCCCCAUCACUUCACAGCUUCCAUGGGACACUCGAUGUGUUGUAGCCUCACGCAGACGUUCGCGGUAAAAUAAAUGAGCUAAUUGCACACUGUGACUCAAUUCCCAGUAGUGUUACAUUAGUGAAGAGUUAUUGCUUAUUCUAAUAGCCUGGAGUGCUCUUUUCUGAAUCUCGUAGAAACUGGUGAUGCUGAUGACCAGGUUGUUCGUCUUACCGUUUAUUCUUGUUAAGGGAAUUAUUGAAGAAAAAAUAGGUGUUCCUGAUUAUUAUUAUUUUUUUUGUUCAGUGAAUUUAGUCCGUUCUCUGCGACGUCAUUUUAGUGACCCAUUUCUAUUUCUGCUGCUGUUGCAGGUUUGCCUAUAUCGAGUUUUCAGACAAGGAGUCUGUGAGGACGGCCAUGGCAUUGGACGAGUCUCUGUUCAGAGGAAGGCAGAUUAAGGUGAGGAUGUGACAGUGUAUACACAUCAGUGGAGGCUGCUGAGGGGAGGACGGCUCAUAAUAAUGGCUGGAACAGAAUGGCGUCAAACACAUAGAAACCAUGAAUUUGAUAUCAUUCCUCCUAUUUCCGCUCCAGCCAUUACCACGAACCCGUCCUCUCCAAUUAAGGUGCCACCAUCCUCCUGUGAUCAUUUACAUUUGAGUCAUUUGGCAGACGCUCUUAUCCAGAGCCACUUACAGUUAGUGUGUUCAUCUUAAGAUAGCUAGGUGACAAAACCACCAGCUAGGUGACACAUUUUUUUCCUCAAAGUAGCUAUCGGCAAUGUCAGCACUAAUAGUUGUCGAUUCAACUAAAGCACUUGGAAACUCAGAAUUCUGAGCAAUGUAUCUGUCUAUGAACUGAAUUUCAGUUAGAUUUUCUACAUUGGGACUGGGACUGACCUAUGGGAACUCUGGCCCCUGUGCUAGUGUCUAACCUGUGGUUUCCUGUUUCCCCUCUCUCUCGGUCCUGGCAGGUGGGGGUGAAGAGGACAAACAGGCCAGGCAUCAGCACCACAGACCGCGGGUUCCCCCGGGCCCGCUUCCGCUCACGAGGAGGGAACUUUAACCCGUCGCGCGCACGCUACUACAGCGGCUACGCACCGCCCAGAGGCAGAGGACGGGCCUUCAGGUGAGCACCCCGGGACACUCAUACCCUGAGACUGAGAGACAGCUGGCCAUUACCGGAGGGAGGAGGAGUAUGGAGAAGUGAGGCAGUUUGAGUUGAAGGGCAGAAGGGUAGUGAGUGAGAUUAUAGAAGUAGUGAAGAUAAUCAGAGGGGGAGAUGGUUAGCAGGGGGGAGAAGAGCACCCGCGAAGCCUUGUUAGUCCUGAGGAGAGGACCCCCGUGAAGCCUUGUUAGUCCUGAGGAGAGGACCCCCGCGAAGCCUUGUUAGUCCUGAGGAGAGGACCCCUGCGAAGCCUUGUUAGUCCUGAGGAGAGGACCCCCGCAAAGCCUUGUUAGUCCUGAGAGGACCCCUGCAAAGCCUUGUUAGUCCUGAGGAGAGGACCCCCGCGAAGCCUUGUUAGUCCUGAGGAGAGGACCCCUGCGAAGCCUUGUUAGUCCUGAGGAGAGGACCCCUGCGAAGCCUUGUUAGUCCUGAGGAGAGGACCCCCGCAAAGCCUUGUUAGUCCUGAGGAGAGGACCCCCGCGAAGCCUUGUUAGUCCUGAGGAGAGGACCCCCCGCCAAGCCUUGUUAGUCCUGAGGAGAGGACCCCCCGCAAAGCCAAGCCUUGUUAGUCCGGAGAGGACCCCCCGCAAAGCCAAGCCUUGUUAGUCCUGAGGAGAGGACCCCCCCCCCAAAGCCAAGCCUUGUUAGUCCUGAGGGGAGAGAGGAAGGGAGGGAGGGAGGAAGUAUGCCCAAAGCAUCCCCCUGCACCUGUCCUAGACUCUGUCCAUCAAGAAGUGUCUCUAUGGGCUGGAGGUUGAAACUGGCCAUAUAGAGAAUCAUUCAGAAGGCAUGUCUAUAAGCCUGCCUGUAGUGGGACGAGACUGAAUCUGUGACUAGCAUUGAUGAACAACAACAUUACAGCAAUAUCAGAACGUGUGUUUCUAGAGCAGAGUGGAGGAGAGGUUUCCUUUAGUGGGGUUAUGGUGAGUGGAGGAGAGGUUUCCUUUACAGUGGGGUUAUGGUGAGUGGAGAGGUUUCCUUUACAGUGGGGUUAUGGUGAGUGGGGAGGUUUCCUUUACAGUGGGGUUAUGGUGAGUGGAGGAGAGGUUUCCUUUAGUGGGGUUAUGGUGAGUGGAGAGGUUUCCUUUAGUGGGGUUAUGGUGAGUGGAGAGGUUUCCUUUAGUGGGGUUAUGGUGAGUGGAGAGGUUUCCUUUACAGUGGGGUUAUGGUGAGUGGAGAGGUUUCCUUUAGUGGGGUUAUGGUGAGUGGGGAGGUUUCCUUUACAGUGGGGUUAUGAUGAGUGGAGAGGUUUCCUUUAGUGGGGUUAUGGUGAGUGGAGAGGUUUCCUUUAGUGGGGUUAUGGUGAGUGGGGAGGUUUCCUUUAGUGGGGUUAUGGUGAGUGGAGAGGUUUCCUUUAGUGGGGUUAUGGUGAGUGGAGAGGUUUCCUUUAGUGGGGUUAUGGUGAGUGGAGGAGAGGUUUCCUUUAGUGGGGUUAUGGUGAGUGGAGGAGAGGUUUCCUUUAGUGGGGUUAUGGUGAGUGGAGGAGAGGUUUCCUUUAGUGGGGUUAUGGUGAGUGGAGGAGAGGUUUCCUUUAGUGGGGUUAUGGUGAGUGGAGAGGUUUCCUUUAGUGGGGUUAUGGUGAGUGGAGAGGUUUCCUUUAGUGGGGUUAUGGUGAGUGGAGGAGAGGUUUCCUUUAGUGGGGUUAUGGUGAGUGGAGAGGUUUCCUUUAGUGGGGUUAUGGUGAGUGGAGAGGUUUCCUUUAGUGGGGUUAUGGUGAGUGGGGAGGUUUCCUUUAGUGGGGUUAUGGUGAGUGGAGAGCUUUCCUUUAGUGGGGUUAUGGUGAGUGGAGAGCUAAGAGAGACCGGUGGGAGGGAGUCGGGUAGGUUCGUCGGUGUGUGUGUGUGGUGGUCUUGUUGCAUGCACCGCCUACAACCGUUUCAGAGGAGGCAGCUGAACUCUCAGUCCACAGCAGUGAGGUCCUCCCAGGCUGUACAUGUAUGGGAGGCAGGCUGUUUGUAUGACUUGGAACUACAUUACGUAUACCCACUGUUGACUGUGAGGGGUCAUCUCUCCCACAGUGGCUGCUCAUUAAUACUAAAGGUGACAGGCAAAGUUUCACUUAAAUGUCAGAUUUUAUGUUCUCAUUUGUUCAGUGCUAAUGGUUGGAUUCCAUUUUAGAAUUUUAUAAUGCAAUCAUAAGGAUCAUUAAGAUGCCGUAUAGAUUUAAAUGCAGAUUGCUGUCUUGAGUGUACCAUGGAUGGCCUCCAUUUUAAAGAAGUUCAUCUUUGUAGACAUGUUAGCAUUGUUGCUUAAACAUUAAUUGGCAUGAGUGUGUGUGUGUAUAUCUGUGAUAUAGUUCAGUUGUCUUGAUGUACAGUUAAAAGUAGUAGCCUGUAUCCAUCCUGUGUUCCAUUUCAUCAACGCGGUGUUUGUGUGUGUUCACCUGUUCUGGGCCAGCUGCUCCAGAGCUGUGUUUUUUGCCUGUGACCUUUCAAAAGCAACACCCCUGGUAUCUGGAUUUGUUUUCAAUCUGUACAAAAGCUUGCCCCCUAUGUAUGUAAAACCUGGAGUGGAUCAAAGCGCUGUGCACUGGGAGUCUGGUGUGUCUCCCUGGAGUGUGUGUCCAGUGUCUCUCAGUGUGAGGUGAGAGGGGGGUUCCCGUGAUGACUCAUUGAGCGCUCAAAGUGGGCCUCACGCUGGAGCUCUGUCUCUGGGCCCAUGUCCUGUUUUUAGAAGCAUUGCUGAGAAGAGGGGCUGCAGAGCAAGCACAAUGAGCAUCCUCACCAACUGACAUGCACUGAGAGAUUCUGACCAAUGGACCAACCUUUCCACUCACUAGACCAAUGGUGUCAGAGUUAGUAAUGUGUAGUAGUGCCUCAUUGGCCCCUCUGUGAGAGCUUCUGAAAUGAUUGUCAAUCACUGAAUGAUAAGAUCUUUUAGAGGGGCAAAACUUUGAAUCUGUAAGGUCCUAUUUAGCACAAUUGUACGGAUGACAUCCUGUGAGUGUAAAUUGUUUGGUGCCAUUCAGAAUCUCAUGCCCCCUGCACUCAGAUGGCUCAUACACAUAGCUCAGACAUAGACUAGCCUAGGAAUGGGUGGCCCACUAUAGGGAGACGAAAAGCAAGUGUCCGGAUGCUUUGCCUUGUUGCUAAAGCCAACUCUGUUGUUAACUACACAUUGGUGCAGCAGACCCACAGGCUAGAUGUUCCACCCACUGCCUUCACUUCCAGAAUGAAGGGUUCAUUCCUGCAGCCUGAUUUUGACCUCAGCAUUCUAACCACUGGUUUCUACUCAUGUGACCUGUGUGUUUGUGGGCACUGGAUGCCUGGGUUUGACAGUCGUGGUGUGCGUGUGUGACAGGGUUUCCGUUAGCUGGUAAUAACCAGCUUUUGUCUAUAAUUUGUUUGUUUGUUGAAAAGCUGAUAAAUAAAAUUGGUGCUGGCCAGUUGUCCGGGAGAAUGAAAAAAUCCCAUUGCGAAAUGCUUUUUUUUGCCUAUUAAUUUAUGUAAAUACCAGUCGAUGUAAAUACAUUUGACUGGUCAUGCUUAUUGGUCUAUAGGUUAAUUUGUAUAAUUUAGUGGAAUUGGCGGGUGUGUACAGUGUAUAUAUACAUUUUGUAUGUUAUUUAUCACACCGUACAGAUACAGAGCCUUUGAGUGGAUCUGUCAGACCGAGCAAGAGCUGCCACUGCAUCUUUGUGGUGCUUUCAAGACAACUGGGAAUACGAUGUCAAAUCAUGACGUCAGUGAUCUUCAGGUCGGAGAUCUAGAAAGAGGCCAGAGAUUCCGAGUUGGAUGACCGUUCAAAAUGAUUUUUCCCAGUUGGAGGUCGUAUUUUUCCCAGUCAUGAGAUUUCCAUUUUCCCCAGUUGUUUUAAACACGGUGUCAAACGGCAACGAAAGGCAGGCUUCCGCAGUGCGUCACUCCACUUUGCAAUGGGCUGGAGGCGGUAUGCAUUUUGAAAACAUAUAUACUUCAUUGUUUGAAAACUGAAUGUUUUACUACAUAUUAUGAGGCGUGUUUUACCUUGCUUCAAAGUAGCCUAUUAGAUCUCUCUAAAGUUCUAACCGAUAUCAUGUCACAUGAAACCGCUCCCGUGUGCAUUGCCCUUUUUACAACAGUGUUUUCCUGCCAAUUAUUUUUUUUUUUUUAGUCAUUUAGCAGACGCUCUUAUCCAGAGCGACUUACAGUUAGUGAGUGCAUACUUUAUUUUUUUCAUACUGGCCCCCCCGUGGGAAUCGAUCCCACAACCCUGGCAUUGCAAACGCCAUGCUCUACCAACUGAGCUACAUCCCUGCCGGCCAUUCCCUCCCCUACCCUGGGCCAAUUGUGCGCCGCCCCAUGGGUCUCCAGGUCGCGGCCGGCUACGACAGAGCCUGGAUUCGAACCAGGAUCUCUAGUGCGCCACUCAGAUUAACAUUUGUUCGUAGCCUACAGCCUUGUGCACAUUGCUGAGCUGAUAAUGUUCAGAAAUAAUAGUUAAUCAACAUUUUAAGCAAAACGUUCUGAUCUGUUACAUCAGACUCACUGUUUUUUAAUGUUUUUUUUAAAUGUAGCCUAGGCCUACUGGUUGUAUGAAUUUGGGAUCUUUCGUCCCACAACUGUCCCAGAGUCUGUUUGGAAUAGGCUGUUUCUUUCUCGACAAACUGGCCAAAAGAGUAGGUAGCCUAAACUUUUCUACUACAGUAGAUUGACACAGGCUAGUGAUUUUGCUGUUCGUUACUCGUCUUGUUGUUCUGUUAAUAUGAAUUACCAUAUUCAAAAUGUGAUUUCUGUCAUUUUUUGAUUGCUGUGUGUGGACGCCUUAAUCAGGUCACGCACACCCAAUGCAUACGGUUCCGGUACAGUUCUCAAACGUCCGGUAAAUUUAAAAUGUUGCCGGUCAAAUGUCCGGCUCCACAUUGUCCUAGCGGAAACCCUGGUGUGUGAGUGGAAAAGCGAUGUGUGGUGAUUGAGUGAUGGGGCAGUCCAGGUUAUCAGGAGAAGGGGUCAGUCAAGUCUGCUUGUCUGCUUGCUGAAGCUAUAUGUGUGUGGCCCUUCCUAUAGCAUGUGCCAUGUGAAUGACUUUAUGACUAUUCUGUGGGGUGGGAUGGAGGCUUCUGUCCUCAGGGUCUCUCCCAACAGCGUCCUCGGGAGCCGCUCUCGCAGAGAGAGAGAGAAAGAGAGAGAGAGAGAGAGAAAGAGGGAGAGAGUGCCUCACUGUCCCCCACACCAUUAUUUCUAUAGUCCUGUAUAAUCUGAGAGUUACAGAUAUUUUACUGUUGGCGAAGCUGGUCUCUGCUUCUUUCUGUACUGUUAAUUCUUAUUUAUAAUGAUUGAAAUUGUGGUAAUUCAACACUUAUCAAAGAAAGGCACAAUACCAUUAAGAUGGUAUACAUGUCAUCCUACCAACAAUUUGUGUAUACUUAAACAAUUAUUCAUGCAUACAUUUUCCCCCCAGUUUACCUCAAGGAUUGAGUUCUCACCAGGCCCCCGUUCUACCUGCCCACAUACAUAAGCACACUACAUACCCUAAAAUUGGUGUCCGUCUUUUUAAGGCAAUCAAGAAACUCACACUCUUUUUCUCUCUCUUUUCCAGGGGCCGAGGGCGAACAACAUCGUGGUAUUCCCCUUACUAAUACCCCCCCCCACCCCCUACUAUCACCCCCCCGUCCCCAAACAAAAAAAGAAUGAAAAAAAAAGUCCCAGGAAAACACUGAGAAGAGAAAAAAAAAAAAAUGAAAAAAAAAAAAAAAAACUUCUCCUGGACAGACAGACUGACUGGCCACAGUGUGCGAUUGUGUGUGAGCGUGCGUGUGUGAAGGUGGUGCGGUCACCCUGGUAAGGUAUAUGAUGGCCGUUGGGAGAUUUGGUGGCAUUUCUUUUUUGAGAAGAUGUCAUCUCAGGCUGCAGAUUUGUCUCCUUUGUCUGGCUGUGACCCUCACACCCAACACAGCCCCCAAAAUGCUUGCAUUCGAAAAGCAAACGCAUCGACGAGAAAGGAAUCAGUUUUUUUUAUUUUUAUGUACCGUACAUGUUAAACUUCCAAGAGCAAGAAUGUUGUUGUUUAUUUUUGAAGUUGUGGUGUUGGGAGUUUCACUCCCUUUUCUCUCUCUGAUCAGUUGCCACUCACCCCACCCCUUAACUCAUCACUUUUGCUACCAUCUUCUCCCUCUGGUUCCAUCCCACGCUCUCUUUGUGUUCAGUAUAGCUGUGACUGCUGUUCAGAGGGUGAUUUUUAUUUUUUCCUAUUGUCCCUUCCCUUUUAGCCCGUAGCAUUCACGCCAGGAAGGCAUGGCCAGAGCUCUGCCGACUUUUCGGUUGAGUUUUUUUGUGGGCCUCAACCUUUCCCCCCCUCUUCUUGCGACCCUCUGCCUUUCUGUGCUGCUACUACCGUUUUGUCCUUCACCUCUUCCUCUCCAUGUCCCUCUCUCAUUUCUUUCUCCUUCUCUUCUCUCUCUGUAUAUUAGACCACUUCUUGUCGUUUCAGGUUUCAGGACCAGUGGAGGCUGACAACCCCUCCUCCGGUGGCCGCGGCACCCCCCAAUGUCUCGGCAGGGUCUCUCUCUCUCUCUGCUCCUGCUAUGCACACUCACCCCAUCUUGUCUGUGUGGGGGGGAGGGGGUCAGGGUGACCACAGGGCCACCGCAGGGGGCAUUUACUACAACAAGCGUUGA